ACCAUUUUUAGCAGAACCAGUCAUGAUCAAUUCUAAGGUGUAUGAGAAGCUGAAGGACCAUGUUCUAGAGAUGAUCCAGACAAGGAAAAAUGGGAGUAAUAAAGAACAAAAUGAAGGGGAUGAGAUGAAACAGCUCAUUCAAAAUAACAGCCAGCUCAGGGACUAUAUUUCAAAGAAGGUGAACAGAAAACCUGUGUUUAAGAGAGAGGCUAAGAGUUUUAUCCGAACAAAGAAGUUUAAAGUUAAAAGUGUCAAUAAUCAUUCUCCAAAACACCCGGAUCAAGUGAGAGCUCAUAGCUCACUAACUAAUCAAAUAAAAUAAUCAAAGAAGUAUUAUUCAAGAAAAAUUCAGAGUAAACCUCACCACACAGGAUUCUCAUCGAAGAAAAUGCAAUAGUGUAAUGAAGAAGAACUUCAAUGAAUUCUCAUGAAGAGUGUCUAACAAUAGCACAAUGUUAAACUCUCCAAAAGGAAAAUCUUCAUUUUCAAAGCAUCAUCAUGGCAACUUAAACAGCAUUUUGGUUAAUUGUUCUGAAGCUCUGGUGGAUCAUAAUCUGAUCUUCCCUGAUCCUUCUUCUCUUCUAGACCAAGCAUCACUAAACCCUUCAGUGACUUUCGAUAGACGCCAGUGAGGCUUGCCUUCCCUCACAGUGGGGGGUUCACCUGUGAAGUCUCCGAAUAGGCAUUUUAUUUCGAAGCCUUCUAUUAAAAAGCACAAGGAUGUGCUCUACAAGAUAACUAAUAGAAGAAUUGAUCCUCAAGAUCAUGUUAUGGAUAGAUACGAGACCUCAGCAGAAGCCCAGAUCCGGUCAUUUGAUAAAUAGGUUUGGAAAUUUUAAGGAAAAUCUCAGAGAAGCUAGUAUCAAUAGAACUCCGCUUUGGGAAAUGUCCAAGAGAAUCGCUACCAUGAAAAUGCUCAAAGCCAGGUUAAAGAAGAACAAGGAGUAUGAGUUUUGAUAAAUACAUAUCCUUUUGAGAAAGAGGGGUUGUCUCAAGUAAUCCGGC